AAGAAGAGAACAUCGAAGAAGCACGGGAGACGCAGACGGUGGUAGGCAGAGAGAGCGACGGCUCCGCGCCGGCACGAGCGAGGUGAGAUGCGCCCUUAUCGCCCUUAUCGCUCUCAAUCGUCCGUACAAUUACCAUCGUUGGGGUGCCCCGACGCUCCUCGUCAGCCGAGCCGCGAUCUCGACGGCUAGCAACGAUAGCGGCGAUACAGGAUCGGAGAACGCUCGCUCCACGGCAGGACCGACCGACCCCGAACAUCAACGGAAGGAUAAAAUUCGAGAAUGGGAGGUGAAGAAUGGAGCGGUUGGUUGCAACGAUGCCGACAAUCUCGGAAACUCGUUCUCGUCAUCGUCGCCAUCGCUCUGCUGUUGGACAAUAUGUUGCUAACAACCGUAGUUCCAAUAAUACCGGAAUUUCUCUACGACAUCAAACAUCCUAACGCAACAUUAAGCGAGCAUCUGGAAGGAAGUCAAACUACAAUCUCUACCACCGCAUCACCAACAACAACGAUAAAAACAACAACGCCAAAAUGUCCCUGCGCUCCAAACAUAUCGGUUCUUCCUCAAUUGGAGUUUCUACAUCUUACCACCCCUUCUAUGGAUGCAUCGGAAGUUACUGUAGCCAAUCUUACAUCGGCGGAAACGAAGGAAAAGGAACAAAGACAUCGGGAAUUACUAGAAGAGACCGUGGCAGUGGGAAUGAUGUUCGCUUCAAAAGCUUUUGUUCAAUUGUUAGCUAAUCCCAUAGUUGGACCAUUAACUCACAAAAUCGGAUAUAGUAUACCUAUGUUUACCGGAUUUAUUAUCAUGUUUCUAUCCACGUUGAUUUUUGCUUUUGGACGAAGCUACGGUAUACUUUUUCUAGCGCGAGCUCUUCAGGGUAUCGGUUCGUCAUGUUCCAGCGUUUCUGGUAUGGGUAUGUUAGCGGAGAGGUAUCAGGACGACAAAGAACGUGGCAACGCAAUGGGUAUCGCAUUAGGGGGAUUGGCCCUAGGGGUUCUUAUAGGACCCCCUUUUGGCGGAGUAAUGUAUGAAUUUGUAGGGAAAUCUGCCCCCUUCUUAGUGCUUUCCGCAUUAGCUCUUGGUGAUGGACUGUUACAGCUUUUGAUGCUUCAACCAUCUGUCGUGUAUACGGAAACGAAACCACCAUCGUUAAAGUCCCUCAUUACCGAUCCUUAUAUCGUUUUAGCAGCUGGCGCAAUAACGUUCGCGAAUAUGGGCAUCGCUAUGUUGGAACCGAGUCUACCAAUCUGGAUGAUGGACACGAUGGGCGCGAGUCGCUGGAAACAGGGAGCCACAUUUUUACCAGCGAGCAUUAGUUACUUGAUCGGAACGAAUCUUUUCGGCCCCCUUGGACAUAAAAUGGGCAGAUGGUUAGCCUCUCUGAUAGGAUUAGUCGUUAUUGGUAUCUGCUUGAUGUGUAUUCCAUUGGCGAGAAGUAUCAAUCAUCUGAUCGUACCGAAUGCGGGUCUGGGCUUCGCAAUCGGCAUGGUGGACAGCUCGAUGAUGCCUCAGCUGGGAUACCUGGUGGACAUAAGACACACCGCUGUUUAUGGAAGUGUUUACGCUAUUGGAGACGUGGCAUUUUGUCUAGGCUUUGCUAUAGGUCCAGCAUUAAGCGGAACUUUGGUCAACACUAUUGGUUUCGAAUGGAUGCUUUUUGGUAUAGCCUUGUUAAAUUUUAUUUACGCACCCCUCAUGUAUUUCCUAAGGGCGCCGCCGAACAAGGAAGAAAAAGAGUCGUUGAUAAUUGGUGAAAAAUCAUCUGUACGGUAUGUCACCUACCAGAACGAGGAAGAGGACCAAUAAAACAGUGAUUCUAAAUGUUUUCGACGCUACCGAUUAUUUUAUUCUCUUGGCGAGCUAUUUUUUCUCUUCUUCUUUUUCUAAAAUACGGUAAAAGUAAAAAGGAGCAUUACUUUUGUAUUAUCUUAUUAUCUGUAUUUAUAUAUAUUAUUAAUUUUUAUAUAUAUGUACAUCUUCAAAAAAUUGUUAAUGACUAACUAAGAUAACAAUUUAUUCUUCUUUUGGAAUAUCACAUAUUUCUUAUUCAAAAUAUUCAAACUUGUUCCAAUAAAUGAUAAGAAGCUACAAACAUCGACAAUAAGCACAACUGUUGACAUGCACUUGAAUAACAUUUGGCAAACGUACUGUAAAAUUAUUUCUAUAAUCGAGUAGAGUUUCCCUAAUAAACAGGCGACAUUUCUGGAAAAAACGAACGAUCUCACUCGAAAAAAAUAGAUUUGAAAAAAUCGCACAACACCACACUUGGUAUUUAUAAAAAUAAUAUAUACAAACAGAUCGCGCUAUAAACGUCCGAGAACCCACGGGAGAUUUCGCGUUCUCGAAUAAUUCUGAGACUAUAUAGCCGUAAUGAUGGUGGAUAAUGUUGUGAAAAAAAUGUAUUUCUGUGUAUUCUGCAUCAUCGAUAUCUCGAUACUUAGUCGAGUAUACAAAAGCGUAUUAUAUAUCGUAUGUAACACAGAUGACAAAUAUAAUAAUAAUAGACUAAAAAGCUAAAAUAAUGCAAAAAUUGCGAAAAUGCAAAAAAAUUCAUUAUGCCGUAGCGUGCGAUAGCAAGAGAUAUUAUAUAUUCGAUAAACAUGUGUUUUCAAGAUAUCUAUAUAUGCAUAUAAAAUAAAAUAAAAAAGACACAUGAUGAAAAAGUUACUCUUAAAUGUAAAAGCUUAGAUUCAAUGCAUACGGUAUAAGGCUCGUCGUAAAAAUAAGUGCAUGAGAAGACAUAAUGAAAGUACGAUUUAUGUGAAAAAGUUGCAGACUCAAGAAAUAUGUAAUAUAGUAAUAUUACGAUUGAUCGAACUGUAUGUAAAACGAGACGAGAAAAAAUAUGAUAAUCGGGCAUCGCGUGAUCGGUAUAUCGAUUGCCCAGCUGGUUCUUCAAGAUAUAUAAAUCAUACGCAAAAUUUAUUCUUAUCAGGAAGAACUGCCCGAUUCGGUUUCCCUGAAUGGCUGCAGGGAAACCAGCGAAAAUGAGACGGUCGGGUGUUUUGAAGUGUUCUUCAUUGAACAAUGCGGCUGUAUUUUGAAAUCAAGUAUAUCUGCAUAUUUUUAUCACGAAAAAAAGAGAAAAAAUAUGACAUUUCAUGCGAAACAUCUUGGUGCAUACGAUUUACCGAAGCUCGUCGAUCCUAUCAUAAAAGCGAAAUGAAGAAGUAUAAGCCGUGAGAGAGCUUGUCGCAAAUCCCGAAGCUUCUCGAUAAAUUCUUCGAGAUUACCUUCUGUUUUCCCACGAAUUUUUCAACGCAUGCCGGAAAGAAUAUAUAGAGAAUACCACGGGAUUUGUCGCGAUAGAAAAUAGUACCUAAACUUAUAAACUUAUAAAAUAAAGAAUGCUGAAAAUAGAGAGAGAGAGAGAGAGAGUG